AUGUCGCUGCCCCUCUGGCUUCCCAACAGCUCUCCCGCGCCGCGGGUGCGCGAGGUCCUCCGUGCCCCGGUCACGCCUCCAUCAUCCCCAGUUGCAAUCUCAGACGCCAGGCACAAACGAGACUCCUCCGAGGGCUGCUUGGAGGAGGAGGUGGGGGAAGAGACUUGGGUCGGUGCCCUGAGGCGCGACCUGAGCUGCAGCGCCCGCACCACUGUCCAAGGCUGGGCGCCCGCGAGGCCUUCGGGAACCUGCUACGUCCCCAGCUCCUGGCCCCGGGCCGGGCCUCCCGGAUGCCCGCCCGCCAUCGCGGGCUUGGCCCCGCGCGCAGUGUCCCAAUGCACCGCCCGCAUCCCGCCCGCCAUCGCGGGCUCGGCCCCGCGCGCCGUGUCCCAGUGCACCGCCCGCAUCCCGCAGCCCAUGGGUCCUGCGCUGCUCAGCCGGCGCCCCUCCGUCCCGCUGGGCCACAGGCAAGUCGAGGAACGCCAGCCAGUCCUUUCUAAAACAGUCUCCUCGGGCGGAAGAGAGCCACAGCCCAGGCAAAAUAGCCGGAUUGAAUGGACCUGUAGGAGCAACGGGCGCAGGGCGACCCCUACCCCAGUCCCUCUGCAUCUGGCCAGUAGAGGGUUCUCUGGCCACUGCACAAGUCCUAGGAAGAAGUGCAGGAAGUUGGUCAAGCUGCCCAGUGGCUCAAAAGACAAAUAUAAAGAAAAUUACUCUACAAAAAAUUAG